GUCAUGGAGGAGCUGAACCAGAACCCACUAUUCCUCUCUCGCCCUUCCAAUUUCCACUUCCUAUCGUUUCAACUCGGCCGAUUCCUCUCAGUAUACUCGGUCUCAACUCACCCGCCAUGCUCAAAGGCAAGCUCAAGCUUCCCGUUCCUGACAAGGCUCGAAGGGUCUUCCCCGACCGGCUCGGCAGCUUGGUCGCCGGAGUUGAUGAAAAGGGAAAUGAAAUCGGAGGAUCCGAAUCCGGCGAAGAGCUGGAGCCCAUUCAACCCGGCGCAUUAGGGUUUCUCAGAGAGAGUGAUGAUGGCGACGAAGCUAUCGGUGAUGAUGAUGACGAUGACGAUGACAUGGACCAAAAAAUCCGACAGAGACCGAAUAAAGAUGCUGUCACCCCUGUUUCGUUGUUGAAAUCCAUUUCGGUGGAGGAGAAAAGAUCGGAUCUUGAAUACGAGCUUUCUCAAAAGGAGAUUAAUUUGGAAAAGUUACAAAGAAUUGCAAGCACUGGUAUUCCCAAUGGAGGAGGUUUGCGUGCAACGGCUUGGAAGCUACUCUUGGGUUACUUACCUUCAUCUCAUGACUUGUGGGAGAAGCAAUUACAAGAAAAUAGACAAAAAUAUGCUAAUCUGAAAGAGGAGCUUCUACUGAAUCCGUCAGAACAUAUCUGGAAGGAAUAUGAAGAAUUAAGUUCCGCUAAGCAGCACGAGGACAGUGAUGUUGAUGGUCCCCUUAGGCGGCAUGAAAUUUCUCAGGAAGAUCACCCUUUGAGCCUUGGUAAGGCAAGUCUUUGGAGUAAAUAUUUUCAGCAGCAUACAGAGAUAGUAGAGCAGAUAGAUCGAGAUCUACAGCGUACACAUCCAGAUAUGCCAUUCUUUUCAGGAGAGUCAUCAUUAAGUCGGAAAAACAGGGAAGCAAUGAAGAAUAUCCUCCUUCUUUUUGCAAAGUCAAAUCCUGCAAUUUGUUACGUGCAAGGCAUGAACGAGGUCUUGGCACCAAUAUACUAUGUAUUUAGUACUGACACUGACAAGCAAAAUGCUGUGAAUGCAGAAGCAGAUAGUUUUUCUUGUUUUGUUCGAAUCUUAGGUGAUUCAGUGGAUCAUUUCUGUGAACAAUUGGAUAAUAGUUCAAGUGGCAUCCUUUCUACUCUUUCACGUUUGUCAGAUUUGCUAAAAGUAAAUGAUGAGCAAUUAUGGCAUCAUCUUGAAUUUACAACAAAGGUUAAACCACAAUUCUAUGCUUUCCGGUGGAUUACACUGCUACUCACACAAGAGUUCAAAUUUGAGACUAUCUUGAGAAUAUGGGAUACACUUCUAAGUAAUCCUUUUGGUGUUCAGGAUAUGCUUCUUCGGAUCUGUUGUGCAAUGCUACUUUGCGUGAAAAGCAGACUCCUAAGUGGUGAUUUUGUGGCUAAUUUAAAGCUCUUACAACACUAUCCUGAUGAUAUCAACGUAGAAUACCUCCUCCAGGUAGCUCAGGACAUUAGUCCUGACACAUCUUCAUAUUAUUUAUCCCUUUGAUUUAUUACGCAUGCAGAGUUUUUGUAUAAUUUCAUCAUGUUAUCAUCAUACUUGGAAAAU